AUGGAGUAUAAUUUUGGUGACAAUGUGACAAUACUAAUCAAUGGAUCAUUUGAACUAAUGACCAACAAACAUUUAGUGUUUUCUAACAUGACUUUUGUCGUCGAGUUCUUUUCAAUUGGAUAUAACACGACAUUCAAUAACGUGUCUAUCACUUCUAAACAAACAUUCGUCUUGAAAGGUACUAACACUUUCUAUAAUACACAGAUCACGACUCAAUUAUUAAAUAUGGACCCCGGAGCGUAUACUAUUAUUGGUACAACUUUAAACUGCAACACUUUCGAAGGAAUGCAAGCGGUUUUUGAGGCAACCGACUCGGCGGUCAAUGCCGAAAAGUGUUAUUUUUAUGACUUUACAAUGACUAUAAAAACUACACACAUUAUAUUUGACACGUCUUGUGAACUUGAAUUUGUUUCUGUGCACUUAACUAAGGGUUCUGUAUUCCAAUCGAAAUUUUUGUAUAUGAACGAAAGCUCGGGAAUGUUCAUUUAUAACAAUUCAACCGUUCGCACCGAGAACACAACAUGUGAAAAUUGUAGUAUUGAAGCGGAUGAAAUGGCGACAUUAUUCUUCUUGUUUAUUGGAUUAUUCAAAAGCAGUGUGUUGAUUGAAAACGACUUUACUUCUGUUUCCAUAGAAAGGGGACUUGUUAUUCACGAAGAAUCGGAAAUGAGAUUGUUAGAUAGUGCAACAUUCCAUUCAAAUACCCUUUCAUUGUAUAACACUUCACAACUUAAAAUGUAUGGAUCAGCAACUUUGGUAUCACAGAAAUUGAUGAUAUGUGAUGAUUCAAUUGUCACAUUAUCACAGGCAAGUCAUUUUAAAAUAGAAACGGGAAUGUUCACAAAUAAAAGUACUUUGGUUGUCGACCAAGUGGUAUCAAAUACCAUUUUGGGAUAUACAAAUGCAAGUGGCGAGUACACAAUAUUUGGGAUGUACGACCAUUCAACACUCACAAUAAAAACACCGUCGUCUGAUCGACCAAUUUUCAUCAUCACAAAUGGGUCAAUUCUAUUUGGUAACUAUACGGUUAUUGAAACACCAAACGACACUUGCGCGUAUUUGGCAUAUCUGAAUUACUCGAGUCAAUACUUGGAGGCUGCUACAAACUAUAAAAUCAUCUAUUUCAGUUACAAUACAAAUUAUUACUUAUCAAACGGAGGACAAUCACUGAAGUACUGUAUUACAGCGUUAUCUGGUGUCGUCUGUGUAAUGAAUGGGACGAAAUGGAACGACGUACAGGAUUCAAAUGAGUUAUACCCAUUCACCGAAACGACGUGUCCGUGUCAUGGCCCACAGUGCUACAUAGUAUCAAACAACAGUGAGAUUGAGAUUGGCGAUUAUACAGUGGAAGCGCUUUUCCUUCCAAAGUUUAGAGUUUUUAGAAUUAUUAAAAAGAUAAUCAAGAAAAUACAAAUACGCGGGUUCAUCAACUCAAUCAAGUUCUUUGGAGUGAUUCAUAUAUCUCCAUUGUGUCCAAACGGUACAAAGAUAUUCACCAAAUUAAAUGGAACACUUGGCUUGUUAUACUUCGAUUGUUUAUUAACAGACGAUAUUCCAACAACUCCAGUUAAACUUUCCCAUACACAUUCUACAAUUGAAAAAAGCAAAAUCAUCGAUUUUAUUACAAAUAACGUACCAAAAAAGACGACAAAAGAAUUAAUGAGUUCCAUAUUAACGUUCGAUAAUUUCACUAUUCAAAUACAAUCAACAGUGGAAGUAAUAAUUACAAUAAACAAUAAUAAAACGGAUAACGUAGAAUAUUCUGGAAAUAUUGGUGCUGUUAUAUAUUCAACAGGAAGCAUUACUGUGAAUGCACAAAGUAGCAUUACUGUGAAUGCACAAAGUAAUACUCCUUGCAAAUAUGGCGUAUUCAAAAAUGAAACAAACUUUGUGUGUUCCGAGAGUGCCGAAAGAGUGUGUGAAUACGGAUACUACGCAUCAACCAACCAAACUAAUUGUUUGCAAUGUGAAGAACAUUGUCUUUCGUGUGACAGUAACACAUGUAAUAAAUGUUCUGAGAACUAUGUUCUGAAUUGUUCUGGAAGAUGUGAAGCUCCCCGAGACCCAGCACACUGUAUUAGUUUUGUACGAAACAAUUGCUUCUUAUGUGAACCAUAUUAUUUCUUAAUGAAUAAGACGUGUACUAAAUGUCCUGAUUACUGUAUUCAGUGCACAUCACUUUCAAAGUGCUUGAUUUGUCAGCCAAAGUACUUUUUGUUGAAUGGAACAUGUGAGUUAUUAACGAGUGGGGUAGGCGUUUCAAAUAGAAAUGUUGUCAGUUGCCCGAGUGGAUAUAUCUCAGUGAAUAACAGUUGUUUGUCAUGUGAAUCCUUGUCGUACACCAAUUGUUCAAUGUGUGAAAAAGGGAAGUGCACCAAAUGCUCACAAGACAAAAUGUACAUUGCAGACCAAACCCUGUGCAGCGGUAACUUUUGUUCUGAAUUUGUUGAUGCAGAAGCAUGUAGUAAAUGUUAUGAAUGCUUUUCGUUAAACAUCCAACACAAGUGUGUCUUAAAAAUUGCACAUUGUGUGACAUAUAACAUGACAUAUUGCAUGGAAUGCGAAGAAAACUAUACAUUAUUCCAAAACAAGUGCUACACUGCGGACAACAAGUGUUUACAGAAAACAAGUGAAAGGUGUUUCCGUUGUAUUAUGGGAUAUUACCCCGACGUCACAAGUAAAUUGUGCACAAGUUGUUCUGAAAACUGCUCUUCGUGUCUUAACAGUACGACAUGUCUCAUAUGCAAAGACAAUUACUAUCUUUCUUCAUACUCGUGCAUCUUAGGGAAAGAUGGCAGUUUGUGUUUAAAGUACACGAACACUGGGAAGUGUAUAAUGUGUUCCGAAGGCUACUUUCUAUCAGAUGGUGGAUGUAAACAGUGUCCCAAGAAUUGUAGUCACUGUGAUACCACAACGACAUGUUCCGAGUGCAAUAAGAAUUCUUUUAAAAAUUCUUCUGGAGAGUGUUUAACACGUGAUGAUAUAGAAGGGUGUGAUGGGAAUGUUACUUUAAAUAAAGGGUGUUCACAUUGCGAAGAUGGGUUUUAUUUAUCGAAUGGGAUCUGUUACAUGUGUAACGACACAUGUCUUACUUGUUGUAGUCGAAUUCAGUGUCGUUCGUGUUUAGAUAAGAACGUGUUAAAUGAUGGGAAGUGUCAAUCGAUGUCAGGGGUGCUUCGGUGUAUAGAAACUAAAGACUCGAAAUGUUCGAAAUGCACAACUUUCUAUAACCCUAAUUCUGAUGGAACAAGGUGUGUUGGGAGUUGUCCUGGAUAUCUCCUUGUUUUAUUUAUAUUCAUUUUCAUUGUAUUUGCAGUCAUAAUAAUUGUUGUCGCGUUUCUCAUAUGGAAAUACUUCCCACGAAAAAUUAAGAGCGAAAACAUAUUCACACCAAAAGGAAACGACGUCAAAAAUUUCAAGCACAAAAUAUUUAAAACAAUCUCAUGCGAUUGUGAACAUAUCGAUUUCUUUGGUGAGAUUCCCGUCUUAAAAGAGAGUGCAAAAAUGUUUAAUAUUUACAACGAAGGGUCUAACGCAGUGGUCUUAAAUUUUUCAUCGAUAAACAACAAAGAGAAGUAUGGACUUGUAGUAGAGCCCAAAAUGACUAUUUUGCCCAAGAAAAAGGCGUGUAGUGUUCUCGCCAAGAUCACACCAAAGUGUACUUUUACUCUCGAAGAACCCACUCUUAUAAUGAUAUGUGACUAUACUCAUACAAAAGGAAUAUACGAAAGUUAUGUCUUCCCUGUAGUUGCUGCGACUGAACUUUCGACACGUCUGAAUAUUGAAGAAAUCAACUUUGAGACGCGCAUUGGAGAAGGCAAUUUUGGGACUGUUUUUAAGGGGAAGUACAAGAACAAAAUUGUUGCUAUAAAAACAUUUAAGAUCUUCCAACAAGACGAUUUCAUGAAGGAGUUUGAGAUGCUCGACAAGUUCAGAUGCGACUAUAUUGUCAUUUUUGUUGGAGUGUGUUUCGACCAGCGGAUGCCAUCCAUCAUCACUGAAUUUGCGCCGUUUGGAAGUUUAAUGAAAUGUUACAAGAAGAAGGUCAGUGACAUAUCUCUGAAAUUGAAAAUCCUGUUGGACGUAUCAAGAGGGAUGGAGUAUUUGCACAUCAACGGCAUUUUACAUAGAGACAUCAAACCAGACAACAUCUUAAUAUUCUCAAAGAACCACACCGACUUGGUCACCGCAAAACUCUCCGACUUCGGUUCGUCGAGAAACAUCAACUUGAUGAUGACCAACAUGACAUUCACAAAAGGAAUAGGUACUCCGACCUUCAUGGCACCCGAGAUACUAAAAAUGGAGAAGUACAAUAUAGCAGCAGACGUCUAUUCUUUUGCAAUGUUAAUGCUAUCUGUCGUCAAGUGGGGCAAAAUAUUCACCGACCCGGAGUUCAAAUUCCCAUGGAAAAUCGCAAAGUUUAUCAGCUCAGGAAAACGCCCUGAGAUUCCCAAAGACCUUCACACCAAUUUGAAAAGUCUCAUUGAAAGAUGUUGGAAUUCAGACCAGCGAAUAAGACCGACAUUCAACACGAUAGUCUCCGAACUCAAGUGUAUAUAUGAUUUAUAUAAUGUUUAA